AUGUUCUUUGUCCACCAGCGUGGACGAGCAAUGGGCGUCUACACCGUGUUUCUCUCCCUAGGCCCAUUCGUUGGUGGGCUGGCAGGUGGCUACAUCGCCUUUAAUAAAGGCUGGGAAUACACGUUUUGGGUGGGAACUGCGCUUUCAGCGUUUUCCUUUGUUGGGAUGACUAUCUUCGUUCCCGAGACUCUAUUCGAACGGCCCAUUUAUCAGACUGACCAAUCACCAGAGGAUCAGGUUAAUGAUUCAAAGGCCCAAUCUGAAAGAAUUGAGGACGUCAACCCAACAGAACAGAAACAUCUUACAUUUAUACAGUCUCUAGGAUUCGGACCUGUCCGGGGUAAUAUCUUGACAUUGGCUGUAAGACCUUGGAAAUCUUUAUACCUUCCUGGAACAUUGGUAGUUAUGCUUCAUUAUGCUGGCUUAGUCGGCGGUAUAGUGACUAUUUCUACCAUCGGUGCUCAGCUCGUUGCAGAGCCUCCUUAUCUCUGGGGCGCAAAUGCAGGAUUGAUAAACGUGGGUGGCCUGAUAGGCACCGCCCUCGGAUAUAUUUACACUCACUUUACUUCUGAUAGAAUUGUCAGAAGGCAAGUUCGGAAAAACAGCCAGCACGGAUUUACUGAGGCAGAGCACCGCUUGCCUACCAUGUUCUUCCCUCUCGCAAUAACAACCUCUGGCUUCUUUGUGUUCGGGUUUUGUGCACAGAACCCAGGCCCCUACAGAUGGGUCGGUCUUGAGGCGGGAUUCGCUAUGCUUUCCUUCGGAUUGAUGCAGGUGCCAUCAGUGGGCUUCAACUACCUUGUUGACUCUUAUCAUUCUCUGGCAGCUGACUGCCUAACCAUGGUAACAAUCCUCCGGGCCGUCAUCGCCUUCUCUUGGACCUUUUUUGUUGCUCAUUGGGUCGAGGAGCGGGGAGCAGCAGAGCCCUUUGGUAUAUUCGGAAUGUUGAUGGGGAUCUUUGGACUGCUCACAGUUCCCCUUUGGCUCUUCGGGAAGCGGAUGAGAAUUGCUACUGCAUCUAGUGUGGAACGGUGGUCAGGAUGA